GAACCAUAACAACUGCUUGUUUUUCAAGUAUCGCUUCCUUGUUUGAACUGACCUCACUGACCCUGAAACUCUGAUGCUUUCACGCUUGAUUCUUGGCCUGUGAUGCACGUCUGGGUUUGUGUGGAAUCCGGAGGCUUGAGGUAACAUGAUCUUAUGUGGAACAAUUACGUGAGGGCGAUCAUGUGUUAUUGAUAUGGUGUCUCAGCCUUUCUUUUCCUGUCUGGAAGCUCAAAAGCUCCACCCCGAAAGCGUGAAGCACAUUUUUCCUCACAGUGUGGACACAGAGCAUCGAGACAGCACCAGUGACGCCUGCUGCCGUCUUGGAGUCGUGAAUAUUUUCUAGGAACGCAGCCGUUUUCGCCCUCACCGUGGUGCCACCGUCAUGCCUUCUCUCCUGGUUCUGUCCAGACUCCACAUUCUGGGUGCGGUGCUCGGCUCCAUCGGGUGGAUGGGAACCAUCAUCAGCUGUGGUUACCCCAUGUGGACGGUCAGUGUUUUUCUGGGGUGCGGUAUCAUAUGUUAUUCCCCCAUCUGGGACGGCCUGUGGAUGAGAUGUGAGGUCGAGAGCACGGGUCAGAAGCACUGUAAGGUUUACAGCUCCAUGCUGGAGCUGCCCCAACACCUGCAGGUCGCCAGAGCCAUGGUGGUGGUCUCUGUGGUCACAGGGGCGGUCGCCGUCCUCAUGGUCGCGAUCGGAGGGAAAUGCCCGUGCCUGGAGGACAAGGUUGUCAAAGCCAAAGUCAGCAUCGCGUCUGGUGUGACCUUCAUAGCAUCGGCCCUGCUGAUCAUAAUCCCAGUGUCAUGGACUGCUCACUCCGUGAUCAGAGACUUUUAUGACCCCCUGGUGGUAAAUUCUCUGAAAAGGGAGUUCGGGGCUUCUCUUUAUAUCGGAUGGGCGUCUGGAGCGCUGCUGCUGCUGGGAGGGAGCCUGCUCUGCCUAAGAUGCCUUCCAAACCAUGAGAGACCCUACAAGUUCAUUACUUUCACUUCUAGCGCGAGUGAUGUGUGAGGGGUUCGGCCGCAGCCUCAGCAGAAUCAGGCUCUAAGGUUCAGUCACGUGUUGUUGCUAAAGCUGAAGGACGAAGGAAAAGGAAACUCAGUGACAUACUGUAUAACUGUAACUGUGUGGCUCUAUCAAAGGUGGUGCAUCUUUUCAUGUGAAUCUUUAUCUUUCUCUGAUUUCUUGUUACCAAUAGUUUAAAUAUUAAAUACAGUAGACGCCCA